AUGUUUGAAUUUGUCGCGGGUCGCGGCGACCUUACCGCCGCUCUGGCUGGCGUGUGGAGAACCACCGAGACGGGCUCGGGUUAUCGGAGGUAUGCUAACGGGAUUCCGUCAGGGAUCGCUUUUGGCGCGCGUGCUGACGUUUGGCAUGAGCAUUGUACAGACACUCGGAUUACUGGUAUUGACGCGAGUAAGCAGGCGGAUCACUUUCGCCGUUUACUGCUCCAACUCGUGCACGUUGUCCCUGGGCCGCAAUCCGACGGGGCGGGAACGUCCAACCAGCAACCUACGGGCGUUGAGGCAAACAAGUUGCAACAGCGAACAUUGUGGAGUUACCUGCUUCACCUAAAUAAGGCAGAGGCACAGACAGUAGCAGCCGCAUCUGGUGUUCAUCCCCAUAAGCGCAACUGCAGCAACGCUCCAGGGGAGCCCGGUGGCUCGCAGCCCGCCCUGAGCUACUUGGCUGCGGACGGUGUUACCCCCCCUGCUGUCGGGACUGGGGGAGGCGCUCUAGGGCUGGCUCGGGUGGGCGAGGUUCCCAAGGAGCCGCGGUCGCUUAGCUGGCUGGAAGGUCUUCGGCUUCAUGUCUUUUACCAUGAGGAGUUGCCAGCGGGCCGUUGGUACUCGGGUACUAUCGUAAAGGCCUCCAAGAAGAGCCCGGCGGUACAGGUGGAAUGGGAUGCGUGGGUUCAUGAGCCCACCAAUACCCAGCAAGAGGCAACCACUGGUGAAGUGCUGCUCGGCGUUACGCUGUUACACUUCGGGCCGGAUCCGCCCAGCUCUGGUGGAAAUGGGGUUCCGACGUCCAUCAAUCGUAUUUGUGCGCUGCCGAGCUUUGCAGCGGAGCGCAUGGUGGCACGUGGCCACAGCAGUGAGGCAGUGCUGGGCCGCGAGGUUGGGACCGUGCAGCUGAGGCCGGCAGAGGCCGACGGGCAAGCGGUGGUCAGGGGCACUGCUGGAGCCGCCACUGGCCAGCAUACUGCAGCAGUGCAAAGCGAGGAGGGGAAGCAGGGCACGACGGCGACGGUGAUGCCGGCUAGGAGGCCGCCUACAGAUGGAGCAAAGGACGGGACAAGGCGAGCUCAGCGUGGGGUGGAAACGGGGCGGGAUGAUCAUGUGCCAUGCAAUGGUGGGGCUGCGGUGGCGGAUUUGGGUGUCUCAGGGGUCGCGGGGAAUGGGGGGACGGUGUUGCAGCAACAUGGUCAACCGGCAGCGGAGAUGGGAGCAUGCUGCAGUCUGCCUGAGGAACCCAGUUCAGAGGCGAAGCGGCGAAACAGCAGCAAGAAGCGGCACAGGCGAGGAUUAGCGACGAUGCAGGAGGGCAAGGAUCAGGCCGCGCAGCAACAUCACCAGCAACAGGGGGACGGCCGGGUGGUCUCUCAGGCGGAUCAGCAGACUCAACAGAACCAGGAACGGAUUCAGCAGCAGCAACCAGGUCAGCAGCAGCCACCACAGCAGGCGCGGCCUUCAGACAAGUCGUCGCCACAGGAGCAGCAACUCCACCAGCAGCAGAAACCUUCCAAUCUACCCAAGAAACAGCGCCUGGCGCCGCAGGUGCCUACCUCGCAGCCGCAAUUAAAGAUCUCUAUGUCCCCGCAAGCUCAGCGGCAGCAGUCCAUUCCAGGUGCGCCUGGCGAACGCGAAGUUGCUCAGGCGCCCGCUGGGGGCGGCGAUGAUGAGACCCAGCGCGACCAGGACGAGGCUAGGGCUCUAAAACGGAAGUGCCCAGGCACAUCGCAAAGUGUUAUACAGGACGCACUGCGGAUGCCGCCGCCGCCACCGCCCCAGGCGAAGAAACCGACACCGCAAGGCUCGCAGAGGCGGAAGGAGUCCUCGAAAGGGCAGCAGCCGGGACAGCCGCCGCCACAUCAGCAUGUGGCACCUCGGCAAAACCAGCAGUCACGGCCGCCUGAGCAGCAGCAGCACGUGGAGCAGCCUCUGCUUGGCAGCGAGGAUCAGUCACUUAACACAAUCGAUCUUGCGAUCCUGCUGGCGCAGAGGAGAGGCCUGAGGCCUUCCUCACCGGGAGCCGAGGCUGGGGAAGCCGAGGCCCUCGUCUCCAAACCCAAGGACGACCGUGCAGCCGGCAUGGAGCACGGUAGCAAUGGUGGAACGGAGCGCGGCAAGGAUGUUUUCGCAAAGGCGGGUGCUGAUGGAACUGGCAGCAGCCGUGGCGAAGCCAGCAAAGUGCCCGGUGUAGCAUCAGAAGAGUUUGGGGGGCAUGGCAUAACAGGUGCAGCGGAAGGAAACGUUGCUAUGGCUCCAGAAGUUUCAGGUGAAGGCCGUAGCGGCCAUGAUGGCUUGGCUGUUGGCGGUAGUGUAUGGGCGGCAGGUGACAUGGGCGGGGUCAACGGGGGGGGCACACUGAUGGGCGGUGUGGCGGUCAUUGUUCAUCAACCCGCUGAUGGACAGACCCCUGCAGACGUUCGCCCAGCGAUGUCGAAGCUCGCUGGAACGACAGAUGCUGCGUCCCAACCCGUCGGAGGGCCAGGCAUCUGCCGUAGAGGGCCCGGUCAUGGUCCUCCUGUUGGCGCUGCUGGUGCAUCUGUCAGCUGCUUCGACGCUGCACAUGGAGGGGUAACCCUGCCUGAUUUCGUGCUGCCCCUGGAGUCAGAGCCGCAAGGCCGAGUGCAACUCUGGCCGAUUGAGGAGACGCUGCAGCAAGCGCAGGAGGAGGCAGGAGGCCUGGGCCGACAAGUGCUGGUUCCGGGGCCCGGUCCUGGAGCCUCUGUGAUGCCUUCAAAAGCGCAUGUGAGAAUUCCUGAUGGCGGCCGCGCCGUUAGCGUCGCGGAGCCUCUCGAAGCGCACAAGCCAAGUGCAGUGAACGGGGACGAGUCACAGCCGCUGGAACUGGUGCUUAGCCAGCAAGAACAGUCCUGCGGGGGCGAGGAGCAGGAUGCGGCAAUUGGGGACCUGCCGGGGGACGGGGACGUGGCCAGAGCGGACAUGGGUACUGGGCAGCGCUCCGAUACAGGAGCUGCGGCUGCACCCUUGGGCGUCAUAGCGCCUGCUGGUGUAACGGUGGCCCCUGACGGCGGUGGGGUUCGUGUGUCAGUAGCAGUAGCACACUGGGAGGGACCCAAGGAGCCAGCUGCACCGGCGUCUGAAGCCACAGGAGACGUUGUCCAGCAGCAGGCUUUGGCGGCCCCUGCGGUUACCAGCCGAUACGUGUCCGCCGAUGGCGUUGCAGGUGGUGGGCCGGCGGAAGCUGUUCCCGGUGGGGCGAGUGCCGACCGCCCGGUGCUUUCCGGCGCAGACGCUGAGGCCAGAUCCUCCGAUUCUGACGGCACCACGUCCAGCUUGAGCGCAAGCCUGAUCCAUCGCCUAGCCUCUCCGGCACCAGAGAGCCGCCGCCUGCGUAGUCGGCCACACCAACGAAGCCCCGAUUUGAUGGGGCCCUGGCAGCACGCGGUUGAGUCCCAGGUCGAUGCGGACGAAUGGCAGGGCGGGUGGCAACGGCCGUCGGGGAAAGAUCUUCUGAAUGCCCCUGUAGGGGCUGACGGCGGCGGGGAUGAUAACCCUGGCGGAAGCGGCGAGCGCGCGGGCAAAGAUAUAGGUGUGGAUGCGCGCCCCUUCCGCGGGCGCGGCUUUGCAAGGUUUGGCGACGACAGCAGCAACGGCGAACCGGAUGAUGAACGUAAUGGCAGUGGCGAGGAUGACGGUGAUGCCCGUGUACGGCGCCUGCUGGCGGCCGUGGGGUCCGGCAGUGGCAGCGCCACUACCAGUUGCUCGGCUGGACAGGGCGCUAUGGCUGCGGGCUCGGGGGCUGCAGAGCAGGGGGCAAGCAGCCGGCGGGGUCUGCAGCUGCUGGAGAUGGCGGCACCAACCCCGCUGCGGCCUCCUGAUCAGCGCGAUCCGCAGGGACAGUCCGCCACACACAAUGGCGGGCGGCCUGAACCUUCGCCUUCUCCUGCUGUAGGCGCAGAGGCUGCGCAUGCAGAGGCCGCCGCCUACUCAGCGGCUAUACCAGGCACUGAAAGGCGCCAUGGUGCUGAUGCCGCUAAUCCUGUCCUAGCCGCCGUUGUUGCGCCUGUGCCGGCAAUGAGAUCCCCUUCCUGGAGCCCCCAACUUCGGAAGAGACGUUUGGUGCCGCUGAGAGCUUCCAGCCCUAGUGCGGCCUCAGGCCAGGGUGCGACGGCAUCGGGUACACAGGUGCAGGGGCAGUUGCAGACACCGGCUUCCGCCGCCAGGGAGGCGUCGGUGCCUCCACCUCGUCCGCCAGUGCUCGACGAAUACGGCCUACCAACGGACGGCGACGAGGACUCCAGCAGCUACCGUACGGCGCAUGAGGACGGUCAGAACGACGGCGAGAAUAGCUGUGGCAGUGCACAGGUACCACACCAGCAAGAACAGCAGAUGCAACAACAACAAAUGGGGCAAGGCGACCAACCCCACUCACAGCAGCAACAGCAGCAACAACAAGGGGGCCCUGUUGAAGGUCUUCGUCAGCAGCAGCCAGCCAGCGUCGAAGUCGACGAUGCGCGUCAGGAAGGCCCCGCGGACGAGGCCCCAGUGCUUGGGCUGGCGCCCACACACCGAUCUUGGACAUCCCGUGGCCCGCUGGCUCUAAACCUCUGGUACUCAUUUGCAGAGGAGACGGCGACUGCCGAUCGGCAAGAGGUGGGCGCCUCGGCGGCCGCUCCGGAAACAGGCAACCCGAGCCCACUCACAGCGCAUGAUGGAGGACUGCUGCGGGCCCAGGAGCAGCAGGAGGAGGAGGUCGCGGGGGAUGGUGGCGAUCUUGGGAGUGGCCCCGCUGUACUGGGCGGUGCGGUGGCCGUGGCUGUAGACGCGCAACCUGGAAUGCAUUCGUCUUCGGACGGCGUUGCGUCACUUUCGCCUGUGCUACCGACAGCGGACACGUCGGCCGAGCAACGUGGGCAGGAGCUGCUCCACUCUGCGGUAGCGAAGCAGCAGGAACAGCAGCAGCCAAGUUUGGCGGUGCUCGGCGGGGACCAGCAAGCAGCUGACAAUGCUGCGGCUGCGCCAGCAUGCGCAGCUACAACUGCCGGCCCUAGGCUGCUGCUGCCACCACCGCUGCCGAUGCCUCAGCAACCGACCAGUUCGUUAGGGGCUGCUACGUCCACUUGCUGGGCUGCCGCCCCGGAGCGUGCUCGCGCUGGGGGCCUGUCAGUUCAAGGUGGUUGGUCGCCGUCGAUGCUUCGCAGCAUCCAGGAUGUGGCGGAACGGAUUGCGCACUCCUCCACGCCCCAACCUGCCGCCUUAGCAGCCGUGCAGUGCCUGCAGCAGGCAAGGCUGCAGGUCCAGCUCUGUCACGCCGCCAAUCCAGACAACAGGCUGGUGCUGGCACACCAUUUUCGGGCGCUAGAUGCUGCGUUGCAGCACUUGCACGCUACCGGCCUCAGAAUCGGCGGCGACGGGUCCGAGGGUGGCCAUCUGUACCUGCGAGGACCUGAGUCGCAACCCCGUACCUCCGGAUUGGCAGACCGACUCAUGCUCAUUCACAUGUCGCCUCAGCUGCAGGUCGGGUACUGCUUGCAUCUGCAAGUGACAUGCGCCGGCGAUAUCGGAGGUGGCGGCGGUCCUCCAAGUGGCGGCUCGGAACACCCGGUUGGUAACGGUCGCAGCGGCUCCAUGACGGGCAGAGCCGGGGGCUCCGUUCCCAGAAUCGGCAGCGUGGGGUUUGGUCCAUUCGGCUCGUUUGCCAGGGGCGCCUCAGCCGCGCCGUCGACCAGGAUGUGCACGACCUACGGCUUUCUGUGCAGGUGGCCGCACGCCGCGGCGGCGGCGGAGGGCCGCCACGUGGCGGAGCUGGAUGUGCAGGUGCAGCUACACAGCUGCGCAAUACAAGGUGCCAUGGGCCUGAAGGAGGUGGGGCUCGCUGUCACGGUGCGCGGCCCAGCCCAAGCAACUGGUGGUUUUAGGACCGCCGCUGCCGAGGCGCGGGGGAGCAGUCUGCCCGGGGGUGGCGGUGGCAGCGGUGGCUGGGACUGGCUUGCUGUAGUAGCACUGGCAGUGUGGCUGGGCAACGGCUUAUGCCAGGUGGCAGCGCUGCCGCAGGGGCCUGGGCAGGCGGAGACCGGAGCAGCUCUCCUGCGGCAGCUGUUGGACGCAGGGGUGCUGCGGGAAAUGCUGGGGCUAGCACCGCCGCCAGUGACACCACCCCCAGCGCCGCUGGCACAGGAGGGGACGGACGCAACGGCGGCGACCUCUAGACCGGAUGGUGCAGAGGGCACAUCAGAGGCAGUGCAGCAGCCACAGCAUCAGCAGGCGGGAAGUGGUGCCGAGGCUAGUGGCAACGGUAUAGCGAGCGUGCCGCUGUCUGUAGGACAGGAUAUUCAGCUGGAGGAUGCUGCUGCUGCAGCACCUGCGGUUGUAGCGGCAGCCGCCUGCGCAGCGAUGGGUUCUGAGUCUCCUCCCGCGUGGACACCACCUGGGGAAUUCGAACAGGAACUGAUGAGGGUUCUAAGGGGCACGGAUCGGACGGAGAGUCCGUCCGUUGAAGCAGAGGCCGGGGUCCGUCCGUCCGUUGAAGCAGAGGCCGGGGUCCGUCCGUCCGUUGAAGCAGAGGCCGGGGUCCUGCAUGCUGGUUUUCCUUCCAAUGCUGCAGUUGUCGGGACCAAUACCGAUGCGGACAUGGGAAUCUCGCCGGAGGCCGCCCAAGGGUCCCCACACCUAGAAAGACUCGAUGAUGCUGGCAACAACCUGGCGCAGGGCGACAGCGGUGACGGUGAUGGUAUUGCUGAAGAAGGCGGCGAUUGCCUGGCGGACGGCUUGGACGCGGGCGACGUCCUGGACGUAAGCUUCGACUUUGUGGGGGAGGAGGCUUUUGCAGCUGGCGAUUUGCAAGGCACUGCGCGCAUUGCUGCUGAUGGCAACGGCACCGGGGGGGACGUUGAUGGCGCCGACCUGGGGCUGCACGCUGCGAGCUCGGCGGACGUCGACGGUAGCGCGUCUGAGAACAGCAAGGAGCACGUUGGGCCUGUGCCGGCGGCCAUUGAUACAGGAACCGCCGUCGCUGCCGCACCAGCUGAGGGCGCGGCUGUUGCCGAGGCGGCGGCGGCAGCAGCCGCUGUAGUCGCGGCACAGUCAACCUAUGUUCGCUCCCUUCAAGUAGAUCCCCUGCUGCUGCGCACCUGGCAAGAGUUUGGCCUGCUGGAUGACCUGGUGCCGCUGCUGGAGAAGCUAACGAUGGAGGAGCUCCGGGAGGCUCCAUUUCCCUUGAUCGCGCGGCUCACGGCAAUGUCACGCAACACCAGCCCCAGCAGCGCCCCAGGCGGCAAUGCAGGGACCAGCGCUGCCGACGCCACAGCUAUCACAUCCACCGAGGGCGCCGCCACGGCCGCUGCAGAUGCUACGGAUGCAGCAGCAGCAGCCGCGUCGUCCGCUGCUGCCGAAGCGACUCCACCGGGUGCUGUCUGCAACGAGGCCAUGUUAGCCGCCGCGUGUCUUGCAGUAGCCCGCACCUCCGCCUUGUUCACCGUGGCCUUCUACCUGGAGAAAGCGAGAAUGGAGGCGGUACAGGGGACGCAGCCGCUGGGGAGAGUCCAUACAGCCACGGAGCAUGGAGCAAGGGAGCUUGAUUCUGUGGCGGCGGCGGCGGCGGCAACACCGGCGGCGACGGCGGUGGCGGCUGCUGCGGCAGCGCCACUGCCGGGAUCUGCGGGGCCGCGCAACAGUCAGGGUGCAGGAGCUGGAACCUUCGCGCCGCCGGAGGCUGCGGCUGCUGUGGCAGUGCACUUGGGACACCCGGACUCACAGCUCUCACGACCGCAGGAGGACCUCUCUGGAAUGUUGCGAUGGCUGCUGGAGCUGUUCUGGUCGGCACGCCAGGUGUACCGGACGACGGCGGUCAUCGGCGUCUUCGCGAAGCCAUGGCCGCGCCAGGCGGCGGUGUUGGGAGUAGGAGACUCGACUGAAUCCCGGCUGGGGAUGUGCUGGGAGGAGAUUCUUGAGGCUCGGAAGCAGCGCCGUUUGGAGAGGCAGGCAGAGGGGGCCGCGGAGGAGGGCGAGGGGGGCGACCAGGGGGCUGACGAGGGCGCGGCGCCGGCCGACCACACUACAGGGCUUUCUGGGCCACAGCAGCCGCUACAGCAGCAGCAGCAGCAACAGCUGUCACAGCAUCUUCAGCAUUUACAGCAUCGAAUACAAUCUCUGCAUCAGUUGCAAUUGCAGCAACAGUUGCGUGGACAUGCGUCUCGACAGCUGCCGCCUCAACAGCGCCAGCAGCCAGCGCUGCAGCAACCGCGACAACGGCGACAACGGCAACGGCAGCCGCCAGGACAGCAGCAGCAGCAGCAACCGCGACCUCAGCAGGCACAACAGCCGCAAGAACAGACACAACCGCAACAACAGGCUCAGGUGCUGCAGCAACGACAGCAACAGACGCAGCAACAGGGUAACAUGCCGUUACUGCAGGAGUUCUCAAUGAUGCUAAGCAGGCUUCCGCAGACUUACCGGGAUGUCAUGUUGCGGCUCUACGCCGUGGUCCUAGCACAAGGCAUGCCGGCCCCUCAGCCUCUGCCUCAGCCGCACGUUCAGGCCCAGCCUCCCGCGGAUCAGCAGCAACAAGCGCCCCUUGUGACCAUCCGAGUGCGCGGCUGGACACCUUCGGAGGUGUUUUCUAACGGCACCCGAAAUUAUGUCAUGUCGUUCGAGUACCAAGGCCUGCAGCUGUCGCACGCCUUCAACGUCCAGACCGCGAUGGAAGGUGAACUUCAAAAUGUGGUGGGGCACGAGAGGGAGCUGUCCAUAGACAUGGUGGCAGCUGCUGCCGCGCAGGCGCUGCGCGCCAGCGGCAUGGUGCUGCCGCCGCCUGUGGAGCGAGCGUUGGCGGGCAGAGGCAUUACAAUGGCCCAUCUGCAGUUCCUGACAACGCUCUUACAGUACUGGAGAGCCCAGCCCGUGCCUGCGACCGUGGCGGCAGCGUCCGUGCCGGGGGCCGCGGCGGCAGCAGUGGCGACGCCUGGUGUGGGGCAGGCCGCGUUUCAGGGUACCCACACCGCCGGAGGUUCAUCAGGCGGCGAGUUACACACUGCCGCAGCUGUAGCAGUAGCCGGGGCCCCCGCAGGUAGGGUCAAUCCGGACCUUGCAGCAGCUAUAGCAGCAGCUGCUGCAGCGGCGGCAACUCGUGUAGCGACCGCAAUGGGACCUCCGAGCCUAUCACCACCAGCUGUGGCAGGGCCCUCGGCCAUAGCGAUGCCAGGAGCGCGACAGCAUCUGCAGUCUGCUGCGCCAGGUCUAGAGCAGACAGGUUCGGCGACAGCUACUGCUGCUGCGGCGGCCGUGCCGCAUCUCAGGCCGCCGGUGGCAGUCACCUUGGCGCAGUAUGGCGCUGCGCACGCCGCUGCGCACGCCAUGACAAGGCGUGCAGGCGCCCCGUCCGUGCCAGCACCUACUGUGCAAUUGGCAGCGGCGACGGGUGCCCCCUUGGCUCCUCUGCACCCGCAGCAGCGGCCUCUGGCUCAGGCGCCUUCGCAGCCCCAGCUGACUGCCGCCGAGACGCGUGCGCAGUCACCGGUGCUCACUGGGGACGCCACACCUGCACCACACCCGCAACCUGCUCCUGUUCAUCAUCAGCACCUCCUUCCAAGGGUCCCGCCAGAGGGGCAGCGAGCGGCGCUCCUGAUCCAUCAGCGCCUUCAACAGCAGCAGCAUACACAGCAGCUGCAUAUACAGCAGCAGGCUCAGCAGCGCCGGUUGUCUAGGGAACAGGUGCUGACGACGAUGCAGGCAGCCCGGCUGGUGGACACACACGUCACAGGGGCUGGCCAGCAUGCACCACAACAGGCAGCCCAGGUUGCAGCGGCGCAAGCUCCGGUACAUGCAGCAGCGGGAGUUGCUGGCAGCGUAGGAACUGCAAAGCCUCCUCACGCAUCGGCAAGUGUUGGAGGCGGUAGCAACGAAUUCAGCACGCUGGGUGAUAUAUGGAACACUCUUUAG